CUGCCAUGCACGUCUGGUGGCCAUUUUCUUAAUUUCCACAUUGUGUAUGUGAAAAUUCUCUGGUUUUCAUGGUGAAGAUGAUGCAAAGAGCCUUCCCAAGGGCAUUUUCGGCUAAAACCUCUCGCUUUCGUUGCUCUUCAACUGCAUUGCAAUCAACUCUCACCAAGCCUGUUCAACAAAAUGAGCAUCCUCUCCCCAAAAUGCCCCCUUUCGACUACACUCCUCCCCCAUACACCGGCCCCUUGGCCGAUGACAUCCUCCGCAAACGCCAACAAUUCCUCAACCCAGCCGUCUUUCAUUUCUUCAAGAAUCCACUGAAUCUGGUUGAGGGAAAGAUGCAGUACUUGUUCGACGAAAAGGGCCGGAGAUAUCUAGACGCGUACGGGGGAAUAGCUACCGUUUCUUGCGGGCACUGCCAUCCUGAAGUGGUGGACGCCAUCGUCAAUCAGACUAAGCGUUUGCAGCAUUCCACCAUUCUGUACUUGAACCCUGCCAUCGCCGAAUUUGCAGAGGCUCUCGCGUCAAAGAUGCCCGGUGACCUCAAGGUCGUUUUCUUCACAAACUCCGGGACAGAGGCAAAUGAGCUGGCUUUGAUGAUGGCCCGAUUGUACACAGGUUCUCACGACGUAAUCUCGAUUAGGAACGGGUAUCAUGGCAAUGCAGGUGCCACAAUGGCUGCCACUGCUCAGAGUAGCUACAAGUUUAAUGUUAUACAGACGGGAGUCCACCACGCACAGAAUCCGGACCAGUAUAGAGGCCUCUUCGGCUCUGACGGACCGAUGUAUGCGAGAGAUGUCGAUGAGAUAAUUACUUACGGAACGUCCGGUCGAGUUGCUGGUUUUAUUGCUGAAGCCAUACAGGGAGUGGGUGGGAUCAUGGAGUUGGCUCCUGGAUAUCUGCCAGCAGUCUACAGCAGCAUUAGAAAAGCAGGGGGCCUUUGCAUUGCUGAUGAGGUCCAAUCAGGUUUUGCUCGCACUGGCAGCCAUUUCUGGGGAUUUGAGGCUCACGAUGUUGUGCCUGACAUUGUAACCAUGGCCAAGGGCAUUGGAAAUGGCAUACCACUCGGUGCAGUGGUAACUACUCCAGAGAUUGCAGAGGUCUUGGCUUGUCGAAACUAUUACAAUACAUAUGGCGGCAAUCCUGUCUGUGCUGUCGCGGGGCUUGCCGUUCUUAAAGUAAUAGAAAAAGAAAAGCUUCAGCAGAAUGCCUUCAAUGUUGGAUUCUAUUUGAAGCAGCGUCUUAGUUCUUUGAAGGAUAAAUACGAAAUCAUCGGGGAUGUCAGGGGCAGAGGCCUGCUGGUGGGAGUCGAAUUCGUGACAGAUAGACACUUGAAAACGCCUGCCAAGAUUGAAACUCUUGGUGUGAUGGAGCAGAUGAAAGAAAUGGGAGUACUAAUAGGAAAAGGGGGGCUCUUGGGCAAUGUAUUUAGGAUCACACCACCCCUCUGCUUCACCAGAGAGGACGUCGGUUCGUUCUAUCACCAUAUUUCCUCUUCUUUUCAUACGUAUUCGUCUUGUUUUUUCAAAUAUUCAUGUAGAUUUUCUGGUCGAUGUGAUGGACUACGCGUUGUCUAAGAUAUAAACGCUGAGGGCAAUGCUGUGCAAGUGAGCAUGCAAGAGGUUGGUUGGUAGGAUGUUGUGUAAAGGAAGUACUGCAGAUUUCAAAUUUUAUGACGAGAGAAUGCAACAUUUUGUUGUCAAAUCUGCCGAUAUGUAUAGGACAAAUAAGCAAACAACUCCCCUAUGAUAAAUAAAAUAGUA